GCAGUCACUGGAGCGAGGGAACUGACAAGAGCUGGGGUUGCAGUCACUGGAGCGAGGGAGUCGACGGGACCUGGGGUUGCAGUCACUGGAGUGAGGUGGCCAACGGGAGUUGGGGUUGCAGUCACUGGAGCGAGGGAACUGACAAGAGCUGGGGUUGGGCCGACGGGAGCUGGGGUUGCGGUCACUGGAGCGAGGGGGCCGACGGGAGCUGGGGUUGCGGUCACCGGAGCGAGGGGACCGACGGGAGCUAGGUUUGCGGUCACCGGAGCGAGGGGACCGACGGGAGCUGGGGUUGCAGUCACUGGAGUGAGGGAGUCGACGGGACCUGGGGUUGCAGUCACUGGAGUGAGGGGACCGACGGGACCUGGGGUUGCAGUCACUGGAGUGAGGUGGCCAACGGGAGUUGGGGUUGCA